AGUAAUUCGAACCAAUUCGAGCGCAACAAUUCGCGCAACUACAAAAUAUCAUAGUCUUCCUAUUAAACAAAAACAUUAACCACUAAAGGAAUAAUACGAAGGAUCUCAUUUAUUUUUCUUUUUAUUUUUUUAUUUAUGCUAUACUUACAAAAACAAAGUGCAAUUUUUGUGUUUUACGUGUUACGAUAUUGAAAAGAAUUUAUUUAGCAAUACUUGGAUUAAUUCCUCUUGUUUAAUUGAAGAAGAAAAGAGGGAAUAAUAUUUGAAAACAUGUCGGAGUAUUGCGAAUAUAUGUGGGCACCGAGUGGUCACGCAAGUACAACGCUUUCUCGGAGCAUUUACCAAGAAGAUGUGAGGUUGGACAAGCGAGACAAAAAGCUGGCCAUUAAAUCGGUUCGAGCGAUCCUUCGAGAGAUGCCGGAUGUGGACUUGAACUAUUGUACGGACGAAUAUAUUAUGCGUUUCCUGCUUGCCCGGAAGUAUCGAGCAGAACAAGCAGCUGCUCUAAUAGCUGCUUAUCAAGCUCAGAUAGCACAUCGGCAAGAUAUAUUUGGAAAUCUUACUGCUCGUGAUCCUGCUCUUCAACGUGCCUUACGUGCUGGUAUACCUGGUGUUUUACCUGCUCGCGAUAGGUAAGUUUAAGAUCUAAUUUUAUUUGCUUUUAUUAAAUCUACCAUAAAACUUGUUGAAUGUUAUCAAAAGUAUUAUUUUGUAAUAUUUAAGAUUUCUAAUCAUUUUUUUUAUAUCAUAAAACUGAAAUUGUAUAAUCCGCACUCCGGUUUCGUAGCUGUAGUAGAUUGGAGUGGAUUUUCACUUAGGCAAGGCGGUGCAUUAGGUGCAGCAGCUCUACGAAACUUAAUAGCUGCGCUUCGUGGUCGAUUUCCGGCUAGAUUCAAGGCCAUACACUUCCUUUCAGCUCCUUUAUAUGUUCAAGCAACUCUGGCUCUUGUUAAACCUUUCUUGGAUGAAAAAACUCGUAAUAAAAUAUAUUUACACGGAAAUAAUCUCAGUACACUCCACGAACACUUGCCAACGGAUAUUUUACCUGCCGAAUUAGGUGGUACAGGACCAUCUUUCAAUCCUGGUCUUUGGGCGGAACCAGUUAUUCAUUCAGCUAUGAAGGAAGCUGAAUUGGCUGCUCUAAAAAAGGAAAAGGAUGAAAGAAAUGACAAUGCUUCCGAAAGACUGACCAAUUCACCCGAAAACGACGAAAAAGUAAUCGAAUCUAGGAAUGUCGAAAAUUACAAAAGAAAUGAGCCACUUUUCGAAGGACGCAAACAGGAGAAGGAAAGUUUCAAGAGUUUUGGAAAAUCUUAUAGAAACAAUGGUGACAAUAAGAGCGUUGAAUUAAGUUUGAUUAGGACAACGAGUUCGUUUGAUUCUAAAAAUGUAAACAAAUUAGAAGAACAAAAGGAUAGAACGCGUCUAAUUGAAAUUUCGGAAAGUAAGAAUGGUAACGAAGCUAAUAAAAUCAAUAGUUUGGAUAACAGAAUGGAUCAUUUGAGAGAGGUUGAUGAUUUAGCGUUACUCGAAUUACAAUCUGAAACGAAUUCGAACGAAUUCGAGAUGAUACCCAGUAGGCCUGGCAGCGAAGAUAGUAAGGACAAUUCGUUGGACAAUAGAUCGGAAAAGAUUCUCAUGAGAACUGGAAAAAGUCAUACACCGACAGAGGAAAUGAAUCUUAUUACGUAAAAGUGAUCUUUUUAUUACUCUCUUUCUUUCUCUCUCUCUCUCUCUCUCUCUCUCUCUCUCUCUCACUCUCUCUAUGUCGAUAUUAGAUAUUUUUUCGAAAGAUUCUCUAAAUAUUAACCCUUUUGUUACGACAUGUAUACCGACACGAGUAUCGUUCCAUAUCAAUUUUCUAUCGUUACAUUUUACGACCCCUUAUAUGGGUCGGGGACUGAUGACUCGUAUAUGAGUCACUAGGAACUAAAGGGUUAAAUAUUAUAUACAAUGUAGUUUUUUUACGCGUCCACAUUUUUAAGUGAUAUAUACUGAGUAUGGUUGGAGAAAAAGAAAAAAAAAGAUAUUACUUUAAGUAUAUUCGCCGAUACUUUGAUAAUGCAGUUGUCGAUGAACUUUUGUGUGAUGAAAGUAAAAGUAUUUUUUUCAUUUUUUUUUUUUUUAUAUUUAUAAAUCAUUUUACAUGUACUUAUUAUCUGAUCCUUGUUUUUACGUGGAUCAGUAUAUCGUAGAUUUUAAAAAUAUUAUUUUUAUGUCAGACAAAGUAUUGAAUAUUUC